GCGCGGCCCCGGCGGCUCCGCAUGUCCCCGUCCCCGCCGGUGCCGCUGCUGGUCCUGGCCCUGGCGGGCUGGGCCGCGGCCCCGGCCGACGUGGGCUCCCGGUGCGCCGGGCCCUGCCGCUGCCUCGCCGCCACCUUGUCCUGCACCGGGCUCAGCCCCGCACUGCGCCUGCGUCGCCUCCCGCGGCCCGCCGUCCGCAACCUCACCGUCACCGUCCUAGAUUUCCGGGGAAAUUCUAUUUCUACCAUUGAAGACAAAAUUUGGAAGGCCUAUCCGUGGGCUGAGAGUCUAACUCUCAGGGAUAAUGAGUUGAGUGAGCUGCACAAGGAUUCAUUUGAUGGCCUGCUGACACUGAAAUAUUUGGAUGCCUCCUGCAAUAAAAUCCAGGUCAUUGAGAAGUGUACCUUUGAACCACUCCCCUUUCUGCAGUUUCUGAACCUGAGCUGCAACCUGCUCACAGAACUCAGUCAUGGCACAUUCCAGGCAUGGCAUGGGAUGCAGUUUCUCCAGAAGUUAAUCCUCAGUCGUAACCCUCUGGUAACCAUCGAAGAUCCGUCUUUUUUUGACCUACCAUCAUUGAAAUAUUUAUUGCCAGGCUCAGCUGCGCGGCGGGCUCUGUUUCUCCCCAGAGAUAUGGAUGCCACUCAAGUGACCCUGAAGGUGAUUCAGUCCAUUCUCAUGAUGUCCCUCAAACUGAAAACCAUGAUCCUGCCUGAGAAUGUCGCCUGUUGCCUCUGCCAGUUUAAAAAGAGCAUUGAAAUUGUCUGCAAGACAAUUAAGCUGCAGUGUGACCAUCUCUGUGCCAUCAAUGCCACUCUUUGUGAUGUCAAAGAACCCCUGGAUGAGGUGAAAAAGGAGUUCGUCCAAGUUCUGGAGUCCCGAAAGAAGAACACAAGCUCCCUGCUGACCCUCCGGCCCCAGGUACUGGUCACUUCCAGCGGCAAGCUCAAGUCCACGACCCAGGCCCCCCGGCUGCAGACCCCCGGGCAGCAGGCCUCCCGGCCGCAGGGCCCGAGCAUGGACGCCCAUCUCCCCAAAGACCUGGACCUCCUCGAUGAAGCCAAUUUCCUUCUCCCCAAGCUCCUCUCCAAAGAUGGGACCAUCAGAGAGGUGGAAUUGAAACUGUUGCCUCUCAUAAGGCUGUUGAACUUGAACUUGCGGAGCCAGAUGGUGACACCGUCACCCCCGUGGCCACCUGGCCCAACCGUGGCUUCCUUGGGGCCCGGGCACCUUGAUCUGACCGACAAGGGGGAACUGCGGAAACUCUACCUCCUGACCAACCUUCUGGCAGCAGACCUGCGAGAGAAGAUUUAUAACGCUGAACACGCGGAGCGGGAGACUCUUCCCGGCUCUUCCUUCCCAGGAAACGGCCGCCCCAAGCUGCGAGGGCUGGGGAAGGACAGGAAAAGGUCCCUGCCACUGGCGAGCAGCCGGCCGUGGGAUCCGGCCGUAAGGAACCACGGGAACAUGGAGGGCUGGCACCCCGGCUUGGGGCAGGGAGCGGUCCAGAGAACAGGUGGCGAGGAGGGAAGGGGGUUGGGAGAGACAGCCCGAGGCUGGGGAGGGGUCCACUCAGAGAUCAGUGGGCCCCUUGGGCCCGAGCCCCCCGAGAAAAGGAGGGUUUCGGGGAGCCCCGGGGGGCCAAGGGUGAGACCCCCUCUCAGGGCAUCAGGGGGAAGAAAACCACCUGGGCCUGCCCUCGGCCUCCUUCUCCAGAAGCAGCCAAUGCCCAUCGGCCCUCUGACCUCCCUGCCGCAGCCCCCCUCUCUGGUGGAUGUCAGGAACCAGUCCGAUGACUUGAUCGGGAAGAUCGUGAUUGUUCUGAAAAACGCGAACAAGACGGACACGGUGAAAGCCGUGGGGCCGGAGAAGGUUCCUGAGAUGGACAUCGUGCUGGGGGAGGAGGGUGGCCCGCCGGCAGCCACGCCUUCCAGCAAGGAACCUCCCCUUCUCCAGAAGGCCAAGCCAACGUCCAGCGACAUGCCCGCGGAUCUCCGGAAGAGCCAGGCGGCGGUGAACCGAAGCCGGACCGGUGAGCGGUCGAGGGGAAAGGGGAGUAUUUCUAAAGGUGGCUCGAAUCUCAAGGGUCUGUCCUGGGAGUGGGGCCAGGGGGCCGUUUCAGAGAAUGCCUCGAGUCUUGGAGACCCCGACUCGGAGCAGGGACUGGGGGAGGCCUUUGACAGUUCUAUGCCGAACCUCCAGAAGAUGAACGAGACCCACUGGGUGUUCCACGAGGAGAAGUCAGAGCACUCCACCUUGCAGUCAGAGGCCCCGACCCCAGACAACUCCUCGGAUCAAGGCGACCAGUUCGAAAGGGACCUGGACUGGCGGCUGCAGGCGCUCAUCCCAAACAAGGCUGUGAGGAAGCUGAUCUCCCACGUGAUUCGAACCCUGAAAAUGGACUGCACGGAGCCAGGGGUCCAGCUGGCCUGUGCCAAGCUCCUUUCCAAAACCGGGCUUCUGAUGAAGCUCCUGAGCGAGCGUGAAGAGGCCGAUGGGUCCCAGUUGAUGUGGAGCUCCGGCCGCUGGAGAAACGGGGACUACUUCAACGGGAGUGUGGAUGGGAACCUAACGGAAGACGAAGAGGCCAGAGAGCUAAGCCAAGACAUUCCGAGUUACGGGUACGGCAACAAGCUUCUGCUGGCCAUAUCGGUGACCGUGGUGAUCAUGACCAUCAUUGCGGCCAUCUGCCUGAUAGAGAUCUGUUCUCAAAGAGCAAGCUCUGCGGAAGGUGCCAAGCAGACAGCAUCUUUAUGGUCCUUUCAGCAGAGCUCGCAAACGUUACCCCGGCAGACUUCAGAAAAGGACAACCAAGCUGCAAAGGUAGGGAAGCCGCUCUGGCUCAGGGAUAUGUACCGACCGCUGGAUUCCACCCGGAAGAAAAACAUGGCUCAGAAGCUGCAUGACCGAGAUUCCUCCGACGAAGAGGAGAUUUACAGCAAGGAAUCACUUCAGGCUGGAUAGAGGAAAAAUAGAAAAAAAUAAGGAAUUCGUUAAAUGAAAACCUCUCCAGAGACCUGCUGCCUUCUGAUUGAGAAUCCAUGAUCUCGAACAGUGUUUGGAAUUGCCUUUCCUCAUUAAAUGCCAGGCCUCACCUUCCUUGGGCUCCCCCUGAAAA